AUGUCCAGUUCCUUAAAUUCCUUAAGUAAAAAUUUUUACUUACGUAUAGGAAUAAGAGUGAAAGAAUUCCAAGCCAUUAAAAAAGAGACAAUCAGCAAGUUAAAGGAAUUACGAAAUGAGAUUCAAGAAGAAGAGCGACGCCAUAACAUUGGUAAAAUAGUUUACUCGGCUACUGGGAUCAUUGCAGGUGGAUUGUCAAUCGCUGGCGUAGCCCUUUCUCCAUUUACAUUUGGAGCAUCACUUGCAUUGUCAAUAGCAGGGGUAGCAACUGGUGCAAGUUCGGGAAUUGCAAAUGUUAGCCAUGGCAUUGCUGCACAUGUUAUUAUACGAAAAAAAAGUGAUGAAGCUGAUAAGCUAUAUAUCAAACUCAAAACAAUUCUGGGUGUGAUCAUAGAUAUCAUAGAAGAGGCAUUUUUUGGGAUAACCACUACAAUCAAGCUCGGUAGAAUAGCAUAUAAAAUUGCUGAUAUGUCUAAAAGUUCCGUUGCUUUACAUGCGUUUAGAAUGUCCGAUGCAAUUGAAAAUGCUGCAACCAGUGCUACAUCGAGUUCUUCUAAAAUCUUCGGUGGAGUCUUUGCUGGAAUAGGCGUAGUCUUGGAAAUUAAAAACCUUUGCCAGAGUAGCUAUAAUUUGCACACAAAUGCUCUGCAUGAGAAAGUGGAAGCACUUGAUCUCCUCAUUGCAAACCUAGAGUCCAAAUCAACAUAUCGUAUAGUGGAGGAACUGUUAAUAGAAAACAAAGAAAUUUGCAUAACUUCUAGACAAGAUUUGAAGCUCGUCUUUGACCAAUGUGACAUAGAAACAUAA